AUGAAGGGCCAGAGAGAGUGGGUCAUCUGCCCAAGUUCAUCUGCCAAAGGCACAUAUACCUUUGCAGAUGGGCUGCACUAUGAUGAGAAGAACUGGCAUUACUGCGACGGCUAUGAUCGGAGGUUUUACACAGAGAUCCUCAAUGGCUUGAAGCCUGCAGGUAUGGCUCAACUCACCAAUAUGGACCCACCUAGAAAAAUCCCCAGGGGCUAUUACGAUUGUGGAGAUGGCUUCUAUAACCCAGUCACGAGGGUAGUCAAGGACUAUAGGAACCGCUUUCUAAGAAACACAGGUAGGUUUCUUCCGACACUGCAGCACGUUUUCUCUUCACCCACAUAUAAGUAUGUGCAUCUGUAUGUACAAAUGUAUGCACACACUUGACGAGAAAGAAGCUUUUGCUGAUAGAAGAUGAAAGUUGAUUACCUGGAUGUUUUAUUUUUUGGACUUCUCAUGGCUGGCAAAUCUGUACAUAGUCCUAGAGUGAGGUAAAAGGACAUUCGUGGUCUAGCUGUGACGGCACAUAAAUGUCGCACUGAAAGGAUUAAGGUACUUAUUUUUGUAUGCAUUCCUUCGAUUUUAAUGGGCACUUAAUAUAUGCUAGACACUGUGCUUGGUGUUGGGGGAAAAGCAGAGCAAAGCUGGACACAGCCCCCCUUCCUUGUGGAGCUUGCAUUCUAAAAGUGGCAGAGAAGUACUAUAAACAGUUAAUUGUAUCAUGGAACAGACACAAUGAAGGGAAAAACAUGGUCCUGUGGGAAGGGAAAGUAGGGGCCCCAGAGAGGUGGGACGGAUGCUGUGGGAGC